AAACAAUUUUUUGGACGAAGACUUCCGCACGCCGGAUCCGUCGUGGGGGUGUGUGGCUGUUUGGCAACGCUUACCCCACUCUGGUUUUUUUUGCGGAUUGAGUAGUGGUGGUGGUUGGUGGGUGGGUUGGUGGGAGGGGGUGGUGCGCACAGAACCGGUUCGGAUUAUCACUUGUCACCGAUGACGCUCGUGACCCUGAUGCGGGUAUCGAACCUGGGUGGCUGGGGUUCGUUGCGCUGCGUGCUACCCCCCCCCCCCCCAACCCAAACCGUGCGUUCCGCAGCUCCACCGCAAAGCGAUAGACGGCGGUGGAGGAGCGUACCGAAACGUCACCCCGUGGCUGGCCUCACACACGUGUCUGAUGAUGAAUCCACGUGGAGCCGUGCUACGCUCGCCCGGCCAGCCCCAUCUAUAUAUUCACCUCCCCCCACUGAGCUCCCAGCGGCAGUGAACGCAAGCCCUCCCCGCCACCGGGACCCUCUCUCUCUCUCUCUUCAGAAUCCAUCUCGGAGAAAGUCGAUGCACGCGCGUGUGUGUGUGUGGGGCUAAAACCACGGCACAACCAGCGUCGCAACCACACGCACACUCUCUAGAAUCGCACCGCGGAUGCUACGUCGUUGAGAUCAUCAUCAUCAACAUUGCUAUCGUGAAAAGCCCCAUUAUUGUCACCACUCCAACUAUCAGCAGCAGUAUCACGAUCAUUUGUGCCAUCACCAUUGUCAUCACCCAGCAGCACCGUUAUCGCUACCAUCAUCAGCACUGUCAUCAUCAUCAUCACCACGACCACCACCGUCACUAUCAAUAUCAUCAUCAGCAGCAUCAUCUCUCUCGCGUUUGAAUGCAGCCAUGUUCCGCGCCGCGCUGUACCAAAGCCCCUUGCUUCAGACCGACCUACAGCUGCAGUCCGUGGCCGCUGCUGCGGCAGCUGCUGCUGGCUAUGCGGGAGACAGCAACAGCAGCGGCGCUUCCGAGGAAGACAUCGGUGACUGCAACAACCCGAGCCAAGACGACUUGAGCUGCAAGGAGUCGGGAAGACGCGCGCAUCAGUGGAGCAGCACGAGCCUGCAUCUGCAACACAAUCAUAACCAUCAUCAUCAGCAGCAGCAUCAUCAUCAUAAUCAGCAGCAGCAGCAGCAACAGCAGCAGGAGGUGAUGGUGCCGUGCGGGCCGCAGAGGCGAGCGGCCAAUGCCCGCGAGAGGGACCGAACGCAAUCCGUGAAUUCCGCCUUCACGGCGCUGCGGACCCUCAUCCCCACCGAGCCAGCCGACAGAAAACUCUCAAAGCUGGAGACGCUGCUGCUGGCGUCAAGCUACAUCGCGCACCUGGGCAACACCUUGCUGGCCGGGCAGCCUUGCGGGCAGCAGCAGCAGCAGCACGGCGGAGGGGGAGGAGGAGGAGGAGGCGUGCAGGUCACCCGAGCGAUGCAGGGGUCGACAGCAGCGGCGGCGUCGACCGCGGCGAGUAUCUGCGCAGGGGAGCCGCGGAUUAUCUGCACCUUCUGUCUGAGUGACCAGCGCCGAGUGGGCAGGGAUGCUCCUAGGAAAGGCUGCAGCCAGCGAUGACCUGGACGGACGCUACCUUUCUCGGAAACCCACGGCAAUUUGCGGACACUCGCGAAUAGAGAGGACGGUAUAAAAUGCUGACGCAACGGACUCCCGUGACACACGGGAACGCACCGCGUGUGAUCGCGAACGCGCGUGCGUCUUUGUCGCCACCCCAACGGCGUAGCUGUCGAGUGCACAGGCGGUGCAAUUGCACCGGGGCCCCGUGGGCUUGACGGGGCACAAAUUCUGAGAUACGAAGAAGGGAAAAGGCGGACACGUGGAGGCCCCCAUUUCACUGCUUGCGCCAGGGCCCGUGCCAACCACGCUACACGCGCUACUGGGUGACCCCCAACGGUGCAUGGGGUCAAGUGAUCCUCCUGCCGUGGACAUUUGAACCUCCGUCUGUUGGAGCCAGCACUAAGAGCCCUUCUACAGUGAACGACACUUCCUGGAGGACCUCAAACGUGCGUGAGAAACCUGCCUGCGGCCAUCGCAGACUGACGACGUACAACAACAACAAAAACCCUGCAACGCAUUUUAGCCAAGCGCUGGAACAAAGUGUGCCCGUGCACGGCCGCGGAUUUUCCUACGUCUUAUGAUUUAUUUGCUGUUCCAUUGUCGGCAGCGACAACUUGCCACCGGCUUCAACCGGUGGCGGUUAUCCCGAUGAUCAGCUGGCUGAUUUAUAGGUCGCGAGGUUUUUAAGUGCUUCAUGUUACCUGACGUGGAACGAUGAUUGACGUCGCCAUUCAAUCGUGUUAUUUUGAAUACGUUGGUUCUGGUAUUCCAAUGUUGUCGUGCCUGCCUUGCCUCUUGCAAUAAAAUAUACAAGUCCUGUUUAGUACAAGAAGCUCUGCCACCAGCCAGGGAACACUUGCCCGAGUGUGCGAGAGGGCCUUAAAACGCCAGGUGCUUCGACCGUUUCACAGUAAACAUUAAGAAACAAACUUGUCUGGGAUUUUUGGCCCAACACUUUAUGUUUGAGGUUUUAUUAGGUUUGAGUGAAGUGGUUUACGAACAGAUGGGUCACAGAUGCCCCUGAAGAGGCGGGACCUGUCACCAUGGGGUGCCAGCUAAUAUAUUGCGCAACGUCGAUUCCCACAUCAUCAUACAAGUUAAAACUACCUUUUGACGAUAAUGUAAUCGUACACUGGGUUUAGCUCCUCCCUCAUUCCGAUGUCACAGAGGAGAUUGAAGUUCACAGGUGUGCGGUUUGUCAUCGCCUGCUUUGUUAAAGCAAUACUAACAAUACACGUGUCUUUUCGUACAGCUGAGUUGAGAAGCUUACUGCCGAGAUAACUUGCAAACUGCUUAAUUGGACUAACGUUUACCAAUAAUGAAAAACUAACGGAAUUGAUGGAAAGGUGGCUGAAAGUAUGGAAAAGGAGAAGGAAAUAAUAAAAAAAUUGGGGCGACGGGGGGGGGGAAUAACAACUAGCCUCUCUUUCUGUGGAAAUUUAAAUACCCUUGGACCAAAGUUUAAGCUGAAAACGUUUAGUCUCCCUUGGUGAUUGGGAAAAGAAAAAAAUAGUUAUGGGCCUGCUACCAAAUCAUCACAGCCCAUUAAAGCUCGGAGCAGUGCUCUUUGUCGAAAGAAUUCAAGCUGAAAACAACACGAAUCUCAAACUGCUGCUGGGAAUCCAAACUGCCCAGUGAUAAAUUGUGAGGGUUCUGGGAACAGACGGAUCCGGAAAGGCUCUGCCAGUGUGGCCAAGUAUCGGACUCUGUGGCACACUGUAACAUAAGUUUUCCAUCUUGGGCCAAAUUUUGAGAGAUAAAAAAAUGAAGAGAUGUCCUCAAGUGUGCUGUUAAUAACUUUCCUGGCCUUACAGAACAUUAUUAUUUUUAUUUGGUUAAAAAGGGUCCCUUUGGCAAUAUAGUUGAGGCAAAUAUCUUUAGCGAGCAGUCUCGCGAUGGGAUUUGAACUCGUUGCUUUAUGUUCACGAGAAAAAAAACGGUUUGCUUACACAGGAAUUCCAAAACCUUCACCACCCGAACAUUGGUCUACCUUUCCACGUUCACCGAUCUUUUCCAGCGACAUUGCCGAAGGUCGUUACAAUCCCAACAUCUGACAGGUGGUAAACGUGGUGAAAGAGUGUAAAGCUCGUUGAGUUAGAGAAGCACCGUGAAAAUUCAUCCUGACAUAGAAAACUAAAGUAAAUUGUUGUUUUGGUGGUAGUGCACAGGUUGCACAUCUCGAUUAUAUAAAAUUAUUAAGCAUUCAUUAAAAUAUAUUGUGAAAUCAGCCAGGCCCCUAUAGUUCUUCUUAUGGGAUAACACAAUUACAUUAUUUACAACAACAAAAACAUCCGCUUGCAACUACUUAAAACGUAACACAAAUGGAUUAUGAUCAAUUCAAUUUGUAAAAGUUGAUUGACAGAAAUGCAUGCAAUCAUUCCAGUGCAACACUUUAGUUUGCCUCGAAUAGUUGAAUUUGGAAUGUCCGCGCAUUUAUUUGCGCGCGAUGCCCUAAACCUAUCCAGCGCGUGACUUCAUUUCACCACGGCCUCGACCGCCAACGCGGGGCCCGACGCUUUCAAAUGACCCGCUUCGUUUUGCCUUUCGCGCCCGUCCACCAGAGCCAAAUGCCCUUUCCAGCGCUCACAGGUCGCCCGCUGCGAGAUUUUCGCACAGCACGGGGAGCUUUCGUCGAGCACGGUCGGCCUCCGUGCCGCGCCCGCAGUCGUCCAGCAUCGUGGCUCACCGCCACGUGGCCAGCUUGAACAACCCUUGACCUGCUGACUUUGGGUGCCGAAGUCGAUGCGGGAGUCGUUCCACGUGGUCCGCCCCGCGACUGCUGCCCUCCCCCCCCCCCCGUGGAGAAGUUGUCCCGCUCGUCUCGAGGCCCACGCCGAUCUCAGCACACAGGCAGCGUCACCGUCGCCGCCGUCGCUGCCGCGUCUCCUCUGGCGUGGUUGCGACCCGAGUUCCGUUGACGCUCACGGGCCAACACCGGUGACAAUUCGCUGAACUGGUCCCGGGCCUCCUCUAGGUCGACUCAGCUUCCCUCGAAUGAGUACCUGGUGUCACGUGUUAACGUCGCCACUUGGGAGACAUUUUUGGCUGCGAGUCGUACGAAUACGGUUCGCCAGGAAAUAUAAAUGAUCCAAUAACUUUUUUUUCCAUCACUGCAAUCAUCUUAUCUCGAUUAAUUGGGUACAAGAAGGGAAUAUUUUUCACCUGGCAUCAACAUUGAGUUUCUAAUUUUAGCUCCACGCUCAAGUCACUUAUUUUGCUGCUUGGGCCUCUUGCAGUGACUUAGAAGGAGCGGCUGCAGUGACUACAAGGGCCUGUUGCAGCGACUUACAGGGGCCUGUUGCAGUGACUACAAGGGCCAGUUGCAGUGACUUACAGGGGUCUGUUGCAGUAACAGAGGAGACUGAGGUGUGUGCGUGGUUGCCCACCAAAGGUAUUUGAAAGUCCUCAAUCAGCCCCUCAGCUCGGGAAAGACUAUCCAGCCAAUAUUUAAACAUUAAAAUGUAGCCACAGUAUAUAGCAAGACAAACACACAGAUUCCGGGUGAGAGAAAAUACAUCCAGGCAAUGCGGAAGGUCACAAUCAACUAUUGGCAGCAGACUUUACAACACCGGCAGUACCAAUGCAUGCCCGUGUACUUUAAAGGGCCCGUGGCAAUCCUCGCGAGAGCAAUCCGUAGUGUGCCGAUGUUGGUCAGUCGCAAACGCAACCCUCGGGAUCGACGCCUUCCCCCACACUGGGGGUUGUUUGACCAUUCACCACGCUGGUCGUGUUCAGGUUGGUGGUGAAGGGGGCUGGGGGAGGGAGCCGCCCAGGACCGGUUCGGAUAUCACUCGGCACCGACGUUAGCCGUGGCUCGGGAUUGAACUCGGGUCAGCAGGUUCAUAGUGCAGUGCGUGAAUCAUUGCGCCACGACUCCCCCUUGACAUCUGGUCACGAGAUUAUAUUUUUGGAACGUGUCUUUGACGAAGGGUUAUUCUCUCUGUAUGAUGUGCAGAUCUGUUAACGAUUGAUGCUGUUUUGUUUCAAGAGGCCUAUUUUUAUUUUAUUUUUAUUCCUUGUUUUAAUUAUGCCUUUUGUUGCAGUUAAGAUUAUUGUGUGAUGCUAAUUGCUUGCAAUAGCUUUAUAAUUCAAUGUAUGUGGAAUAAAUACAAAAUACUAUAUUUUACGAAUGUUGAAAUAAAAUAAAAAAAACUUUAUCCUGA